AUGAGAUUAUCACAAACUGCCCUUUGCGCUAUUGUCGCCUCAUCCGCUUUCGUUUCAGCUGCUCCCGCUGUUGUUGCAGAACAAACCAUGAUCAAGAGAGAAGAUGUCAACGACGUCUUGGCCAUCUUGAAGGAACUUAAAGAACACAGAGCCAAGAGAGAAUUCCUUUCUGGCGACGAGUUGAUUGCUCACGACAAGAGAGCCGACUCCGUUAUUGGUCAAUUGAUCACUGCCUUGACCAACUCUGGUAUCAUUGGUGACGUUUGGAACAUCUUGACCACCGACCAAGCCAUCUCAUCUUCGAUCUCCGCCAUCAUCCAAUCGGCUAUCCAAACUGCCGUUGUCCAAGGUCCAGCUUUGAUCCAAGCUGUCUGGAACUCUGGUUUGUUGGGAACCAUCUUCAACAAGUUCUUGAACGAUGCCGACUUGAGAAACGCCUUUUUGGACGUUGCUGCUUCCAUCUUUGGUACUGCUGUCAACUUGAUCACCUCAUGGUUGUCUAGCUCCUCAUCAACUUCAUCCAAGAGAGACUUCCAAGAACUUGCCGUUGUCAAUGUUUCCGCUAGAGACAUCAUUGACAGUGAAUACUUGGACAAGAGAGACUUGGCCUCAAUCUUGACUUUUAUCGUUGAGCAAAUCAAGGACUCAGGUAUCGUCACCUCGGUCAUCAACUGGGUCUUGAACGACCCUCAAGCCACCGUCAGCUUCUUGACCUCUGCUUUCCAAACCGGUUUGGUUGUUGCUGAGCAAUUGUACGGCUGGGCCAAACAAUCUGGAUUGUGGGACUCUGCUUUGACCUACAUCCAAAACAAUGCUGGUCAAUGGGCCGGUGCCAUUGCCUCAUUCUUGGGUAAUGCUUUAACCAACGGUUUGAUCUCAGCCUCAGACAUUGACUCCCGUUCAGGCUCAUCGCUCUCGGCUAGAUCCGUCGUCAGCACUGCUGCUCCACAACUCUCCACCAGAGCCACCACCGUUGUUACUUCAGCCACUGGUGCUGGUGCUGCUGCUGCUCCAAAAGCCGCCACUGCUGCUACUGGUGCUGGUGCUUUGUCCUCCUUGGUCAACCAAUACGGCACUGCCACCACUGCCCCAGCCAUCCAGGCCAACACUGCUAACUUGGCUGGAAGCUUGAACACCCUCGUCAACGCUGCCAACUCCGCUUCUACUGCCACCAAAGCCAGAAGAAACUACUAA